GCUGAUUUCUUCCUUAUGCAAAUCAGCUUGACAGGUUUUUAUAUAAAAUCAUCGAGUCGUGUAGCUGAUGCUGUGAAGCGACUGAAACUCUCAGCUAUGAGUCGUGACAAAAACGUGUAAUUCCUGUGUGUGAGGUGUGAAUUCAACUUCGGGUGAAAACAUGUUAGUGAGUAUCGCAGGGUUUAGUGUGGACGUGUGGCUGUUAGUUGCUGGUUUGAUCGUCCUCUCUGUCCUGCUGCUCAACACGGACCUGCUCCUGACUAAACCACAGCCGAGCUCACUGAGCACACUCUCUAACGCCGAGCUGAGGAGCACCACAGGUGAUGCAGAGGACAGGUGCUUUAAAGCGAUUUCACUUUGGAGGAAAAGCGGAGCAGUGAUUAUGGCUGUCAGACGACCAGGAUGAUCUUUGUGCAGAGAGGAAGCCUCAGAGCUCCUCUCUCUGAAGCCGGAGCUCGAUGAGCUCGGUGUUCCUCUGUACGCCGUGGUGAAGGAGAACAUCGGGACAGAGAUACACAACUUCAGACUUUACUUCAGUGGAGAAAUCUUCCUGGAUGAGAAGCGAACUUUUUACCAGCAGAGGAAGAUGACUUAUUCAGGCUUCACUCGUUUCACCAUGUGGAGAAACAUCCUGCGUGUCUGGAGGAAAGGUUACCAGGGCAACAUUAAAGGGGAGGGGUUUAUACUUGGAGGCCUUUAUGUGAUUGGACCAGAGAAUCAGGGUAUUUUAAUGGAGCACCAGGAGAAGGAGUUUGGAGAUAAAGCUGAUCUCAGAUCAGUUUUACAGGCAGUAAAGAAAGUCCAGAAAGCCGAAUAAACCACCGAUCUUAAGGCAAUUCUACGGAUAUUUUAAGAACAUGAAAAAAGUGCAGAAGUAUACACCCCCCCAAACAUUUUGUUUUCCUGAAACUAACUGAAAUUGCGAUUUCUUUUUCACCCCAGCUUCUUCAUUGUGUGUUUUUUUCCUCUGUGUGGUGAAUGUAUUGCAGUGUGUCUUCUGUGUAUUGAUGCUUAAAGGUUUUAGGAGCGUGUUAAUGACAGACUGACUCUAAACUCCCUACAGGAGCGAGCAGUUUUGAUGCCUCAUUUUCCCAAGACCAAGACCGAACACAGCAACAUGCAGCAACACACACUGUACAUACAGCAAAACUAGAUCUAUUUUUCACUGGAUUUCUGCUAAAGUGCUGAAUUUUAAUCUGUUACUUGAACUGUAGUUGCUGUUUAUCAUCUUUAAUACCUGCCUUGCAGUCAAUAUUUAAUACUUUCAUUAUAUUUUUUUCUCUUCCUGAUUACUCCUGCCACCUAUUUUGCAAAACUAGCUGUGCUCUUUAGGUGGACGAGGCCAAUCUUUGUCUUCCUGCCAAUCAGUGUGACACUCAGCCAAUCACGUGUAUGUAGAAGAGAUUAGAUAUUUUACUUUUUGUACCGUCACCUGAAAUCAAUACAAAUACUCAAUGAUUUGAAACACAUUUUUUUAAAAUAUUGGUAGCAAUCAAAGCACAUUUACAUUUAUAUACCAAGAUUAUAUAAUACAGAUCAAAAGGUUUGUUUUAAUUUGUAUUAAUUCCUGAAUAACUAAUAACUGCACUACAUGUUUAAUCAUAAACACUGAUCUGAACUAAUAAGUUGCUUAGACACAAUGGAAUGAGAUGUUAAACUGAUGGAACUGACUCAUAAAUAAAAAUAAAAUUAUUAAAUCGA